UGCACAUUGCCGGCUUUUUUCGCAAGCGUGACCGGGCGAGGACGCGUGGUGUUUGAGGGGGCGCUGCACUUGGAAAGUGGGCAGCAUUUGAACGUCGCAACACACAGCGUUCGAGAGGAUGGCGUUGGUCUGUGCCAUCAGCAAUGAGGCACCCGAGCACCCAUGCGUCUCGCCCGUGUCGGGUGCCGUGUUCGAACGGCGACUCAUCGAGAAGUACAUCACUGACAAUGGCGUCGACCCGGUCGCCAACAAACCACUCACGACUGACGAGCUGAUCGACAUCAAAGUGUCGCCGCUGGUGAAGCCGAAGGCACCCUCCGCCACCAGCAUCCCGGCCAUCCUGAAGUCGCUGCAGGACGAGUGGGACGCCGUGAUGUUGCACAGCUUCACGCUGCGCCAGCAGCUGCAGACGGCGCGUCAGGAGCUGAGCCACGCGCUCUACCAGCACGAUGCCGCGUGUCGCGUCAUCGCUCGCCUCACCAAGGAGGUGACGGCCGCGCGUGAGGCGCUCGCCACGCUCAAGCCGCAGGCGGGCGUGCCGGCGGCGGCGGCGGCUGCGGCUGCGGCUGCGGCUGCUGCCGCCCAGCCGCCGCAGGCGGCACCGGCCGAGACGGGCGCCAAGGCGGAGCUGCCACAGCAGGAGGCCGGCAUGACGCCCGAGGUGAUCAAGCAGUUGCAGGACAAGGCCACCGUGCUGACGCAGGAGCGCAAGAAGCGUGGCAAAACGGUGCCCGAGGAGCUGGUGACGCAAGAGACGCUGCGCACGUACCGCACCGUCAGCUCCAACCCGGGUCUGCACAGUGCCUCGGUGCCGGGCAUCCUGUCGCUGGACGUGCAUCAGGAGGACACGAGCAAGAUCGUGACGGCCGGCAGCGACCGCAACUGCACCGUCUUCAACAAGGACACCGAACAGGUGGUCUGCAUCCUCAAGGGCCACGCCAAGAAGGUCACCAAGGUCAUCUACCACCCGGAGGAGGACACGGUGCUGAGCGCCUCGCCGGACGCCACUAUCCGCGUGUGGAAUGUGCCGACGGCGCAGACGGUGCAGCUGAUCCGCGCGCACGAGGGUCCUGUCACCGGCCUGUCGCUGCACGCCACCGGCGACUACGUGCUCAGCUGCUCCAGCGACGAGCACUGGGCCUUCACCGACCUGCGCUCAGGCCGCGUGCUCACAAAGGUGGCCGACAACAGCUCGUCAGGCUUCACCACGGCUCAGUUCCACCCCGACGGCCUCAUCUUCGGUACGGGCACAUCCAAGUCCUUCAUCAAGAUCUGGGAUCUCAAAGAGCGCAGCAACGUCGCGAACUUCCCCAGUCAUUCGGGGCCGAUCACGGCCAUCUCAUUCUCGGAGAACGGCUACUACCUGGCCACUUCCACCGACGACUCCUCCGUCAAGCUGUGGGAUCUGCGCAAGCUGAAGAACUUCAAGACCAUCCAGCUGGAAGACGGCUACGAGGUGAAGGACCUCUGCUUCGACCAGAGCGGCACGUACCUAGCCGUGGCCGGCACCGACGUCAGGGUGUACAUGUGCAAGCAGUGGCAGGAGCUGGUGACCUUCACCGACCACACGGCGCUGGCGACGGGCGUCCGGUUCGGUCAGCACGGCUCGUACAUCGCCUCGGCCAGCAUGGACCGCACGCUCAAGGUGUACUCCAUCUAAGCGGCCGCGUCGCCCGGCGCCUGGCGUGGGCGCCAGCGCGAGUCCACUCGCAUCGUGCAUCGUGCGUGUGCUGGUAGAUGUCGAGGUGGAGAGGCGUAUGCUGCGCCUGGGCGCGGCCCCGAGGCGGUGUCCGUCGCGGACCACGCGCGACCGGACCGCUGGGAAGCGUAUCCGGGUGUCGGGUCCGAGAGCGGCAGGGCCGGCCGCUGGGACGGCCGUGUCUGGGGUUUGAUUCACGCGCGUGCGUGGAGGGGGGUGCGGCCACUGGCGCGACUGUGGCUGUGGGGGCGCGACCCCCUGGGACCGGUGGUCGCACGGUCAGCGCGUGGCGCCACUGAGCUCAGGUCACGUCCUGGUCGUGAGUUUUGGACGAUGUUGCGUAAGGCGUAAUUCUUGGCUGGCAGGCCCCGGCCGCGGCCGUCAUUCUCAUCACAAUACAGCGGAACAAAUACCUACGUG